GAGAGGUCUGUGCGGGGGAAGCCGAUGGGGAAGCAGGGGAAGCACUUACCACACCCACCAGCAGCAUCACGAGCUCUCAACUCAUAGCAGUGCUAGUAGGGCUCGUUGAGAAAAAGAAACCCAAUCGCCUUUCUCCGGUAUCUCUUCUCGAUCUCGUUAACGAUGGCGACAGCGCAAAGCCAGAAGUUGAGUCGCGAGGACUUCAAACGUCAGAAGGUGAUCGAAGAACAGCGUAAAGCUGGAACAUUACCAGCAGAAGUCGAUCCCGAAACUGGCCGCGACAUCAAUCCCCACAUCCCGCACUACAUCUCCCAAGCUCCGUGGUAUCUCGAUAUCAACCACCCCACGCUCAAGCACCAAAAAUACCACCCGAAAGAAGAGGGGGCAAUAAAUGACUGGUACGCGCGAGGAGCACGGGCCGGACCUGCCGCCACGAAAUAUCGAAAGGGUGCUUGUGAGAACUGCGGUGCACUUUCACAUAAGACCCGAGAUUGUGUGGAGCGGCCACGGAAAACCGGGGCGAAAUGGUCCGGAAAAGAUAUACAUGCCGAUGAACUUGUGCAGGAUGUGCACCUUGGGUUUGAGGCGAAACGGGAUAGAUGGAAUGGGUAUGAUCCUACAGAGCACAUCAAAUUGGCGGAGGAAUGGGAUCUGGUGGAGGAGGAGCGGAGAAAAUUGAGAGAGCAGCAGGUCAAAGAGAAGGAAAAGUUGAUGGCCGAGGGGAAAAUUUCAGUUCCCGAAAAGGAACAGGAAGGAAAGGAGAAGGAAGCCGUUGCUGCCGGGCCGGCCGAUAGCGACGACUCGGACGAUGAUGAAGAAAAGUACGCGGAUCGAGCCGAUAUGCCGGGUCAGAAACUCGACACAAAGACUCGAACAACAGUCAGGAACUUGCGUAUUCGUGAAGAUACCGCCAAGUAUCUUCUCAACUUGGACGUGAAUUCCGCCUACUACGAUCCCAAGACGAGAUCUAUGCGUGAUAACCCGGUCGAGGACGCCGACCCGCGAGACUUGACCUAUGCUGGAGACAACUUUCUUCGGUGGACGGGAGACGCCCCAAAACUUGGACAGUUGCAAGCGUUUGCAUGGCAAGCAGAGGAGAGGGGAAAACCUGUUCACAUGCAGUCGAACCCCACUCAAGCGGCCCUUCUAUACCAAGAGUACCAAUCGAAAAAGGGAGCGGUGUCGGAAAAAGUCAAAAACUCGAUUCUUGAACGAUACGGCGGAGCGGAGCACUUGGCGGCCCCACCGAAAGAACUCCUCCUGGCGCAAAGCGAAAACUACGUGGAAUACUCGCAGACGGGUCGGGUCAUCAAAGGUCAAGAACGCGCUGCCGCCAAAAGUAAAUACGAAGAAGACGUCCAUCCUCUCAACCACACGACGGUAUGGGGAAGUUGGUGGAAGAGCGGACAGUGGGGUUACGCGUGUUGUCACAAUACGAUUGUUGGCGCGUACUGUACCGGCGCUGCAGGAAUUGAAGCGGCAAGGGCAUCUGUUGCGCAGUUGACGGGCGGCGCCGCGGCUAAUGAAGAUCAGGAGGCGAGUGCACCAAAAAGUCUCUUGGAGCAGUAUGUUGCGCGCGCUGCCAAAGAAGGGCCCAACGGCAUGCAAGCGCAAGACCGCCUGGACCGCGCGAAGCAACAGAAAGGGCGAGGAGAACGUCUUGGGGAAGGGGAGGUAUCCCUCGACGAGGCCAAGCUGAGCGAAGCGCUCGACGCUGAACGCAAACGGAAAGCCCGCGAAGCGCUUGGAAAGGACAGGGAGGAGGAUGAAGGGCGCACGAGAAGUGCCAAGAAAGGGAAAUAUAGCAGCAAUGUGGAGGUCAAGGAUGUCACGGAGGAGGAGUUGGAGGCAUAUAGGCUGUCGAGGAGCAACGCCGCGGACCCGAUGGCGAAUUACGUUGACCGCGAUGAUUAGGUCGGUGGUGCGUACCCAUUCACCUCCAGCCCUCCAACCCUCACCAAACAUUCUUUGGUUUGUUGUAUAUAAAAUUGAAUUGAACAGUGGUCAUCAGUUGCGGAUCUACCUUCGAAC